GUUUUACAGGAAAUGCGAUUAUCAGGAAGUAGACAGACUGCUGUGAGUUUGGCCGACGCCAAAAUAACUACAGCAGAGGUGGAAAGACCCUAAAUACACAAAUAGACAGAGGAGAGUUUAAAGAAAGCCAAGAAAGACGCUGCAGAGAAAGUUAAAGGCAAGGAGGCCAUGAAUCGGGUCCCACUGCAGCAGCCGCAGACCUGCGGGCCAUGGGAGCUGAAGGAGCGGCUCGGCACUGGAGGCUUCGGGAAUGUCACAAGAUGGCAAAAUAAGGACACAGAGGAACAGAUUGCUUUAAAGCAAUGUCGUCAGGAGCUGAGUGAAAGAAACAAAGAGCGCUGGUGUCUGGAGAUACAGAUCAUGAGGAGGCUGGACCAUGUUAAUGUGGUUGCUGCACGAGACGUUCCUGAGGGGAUGCAGAGACUGGUGGCCACUAAUGACCUGCCGCUACUCGCCAUGGAGUACUGUCAGGGCGGAGAUUUAAGAAAGUAUCUGAACAUCCUGGAUAACUGCUGUGGAAUGAGGGAGGGAUCCAUUCUCAUUCUUCUACGGGACAUUUCUUCGGCUCUGACCUACCUCCACAGUAAGAGGAUUAUCCACAGGGACCUGAAGCCAGAAAACAUUGUUCUGCAGCAGGGAGAGAAAAGGCUCAUCCAUAAAAUCAUAGAUCUCGGCUACGCUAAGGAGUUGGACCAGAGCAGCCUCUGCACAUCGUUUGUGGGAACAUUACAAUACUUGGCCCCAGAGCUUAUUGAGAGGCAAAAGUACACAGUUUCAGUGGAUUACUGGAGCUUUGGCACAUUGGUGUUUGAGUGCAUCACUGGGUUUCGACCGUUCUUACCGACUUGGCAGCCUGUUCCUUGGCACAACAAAGUCAGGAUGAAGCACGACGACCACAUUGUUGUCUACGAGGACCUGAACGGGGAUCUUCGUUUCAGCAAACAUUUACCUCAGCCAAACAACCUCAACAGUCUGUUAACAGAGAGGCUGGAGAAGUGGCUCCAGCUGAUGUUAAAGUGGUCGCCGAAGGAGCGAGGCAAAGACCCCAACGCUAUCCCCAGCGACUGCUUCCUCCAGCUGGAGAUGAUACUCAAGCUCAAGCUGGUUCAUGUCCUCAACAUGAUGUCUGCCAAAAUCCUGAUAUAUGCCAUUUCUGAUGAUGAGACUGUGGCCAGCCUGCAGCUGAGAAUUGAAAAAGACACCAACAUUCCUGCAGCCAAUCAGGAGCUGCUGCUGGAAGCAGGACUGGUUUUAGAAGCAAAUGCACUGGCCUCCCAGUGCGCUGUAGAUUACAUGGAGGUAGAUGGACGACGGACAGACUAUCCUCUUGUGUUUCUGUUCGAUUGCUCCUCUUGCACUUAUGAACCCCAGUUUAGUCCUCGAAUCCUCCCUGAAAAUGUCCGCUACAUCCAAAAAGAUCCCAAGUGUCUUCUUCAGUACAGCCAGCUGAGGAGGACCUGUGGCCAGGUGUGGCACACCAUUCGCUCUCUGAAGGAAGACUGGCAACGGCUGCAGCAAGGCCAGAAAGCUGCCAUCAUGAGCCUCCUGAGACACAACUCCACUUUGUCCAAACAGAAGAUUGAGAUGGUUUCAAUGCACCAGAGACUGACAGCCAAGCUGGAUUUCUUCAACACAAGCCUUCACAUAGACAUGGACAAGUACCAGGAACAGACAGCCACAGGGAUUGCUUCUGAUAAACUUCUGAGUGUUUGGAGGGAAAUGGAGCAAACUGCCAUCAGCUGUAGUCAGGCCCAGGUGACCGAACUUGAAGACGAGAUGAUGAAGCUGCAGCCAGACAUCGUGGAUGUGCAGAGGCAGCGGAGCGGAGAGACUUUGGACACGCUGGAAGGAAAAGCCAUGGAGUUGUUCCGCAAACUCAGAGAAAAACCCAGAGACCAGAGGAUGCCAGGAGACGGCAUGGAGGCGGCACGCCUGGUGGUUCAGGCAGUUCAGUUCUAUGAAAAGAAAAUCAGGGAUUUCUACACAAUCCUCAGUAAGACUGCAAUGUGCCGCCACCGUGUGAUGGAGCUGCUGCCGAAGGUGGAAGAAGUGGUCCAGAAGUUGGCAGAGAGUGAGCAGGUCCUGAUGGGUCUACAGGAGAGAAGACAAAGGGAGCUGUGGAACCUGCUGAAAAUCGCCUGUAGCAAAGUUCGAAGCCCCGUGAGUGGAAGUCCCGAUGGACUCCGAACGCCUUCAUCAGUGCCUCCUCUGAUGACCCCCAGACACAGCGUACAGCAACUGGAUGAGUCUCUAGUUGAGGAGAGCAGGACAUUUGAGAGUCGCCUCCAGAGUUUACUGCAGGAAACUAUCCAGGAAUCAGAGAGCAGCAUGGAGAUGCUGAAGGAAUGGACGUGGCUGCGAGGAGAUCAGAAUUUCUCCAGUGACCUCGCCUAAAAUGAUAUUGCUUAAAUGUCCCUGUGCUGCCCCCGUGUGGAGGGCAAUUGUACAAGCAGGUGUAUGUACAGUCAGUUGUCUGAUUUGGUGAAUUAAAUAAAUAAAUAAAUUGAA